AUGAGGGGGACCAACUCCUGUGGGGGCUUUGCUGCACGACACAACACCUUCAGUACAGGUUCAGCUGCUUAUACCACUGCCACAGGCCCCACCACCAAAACCCUCCUAGGUUCCAUGGAUCUCCAGCCCAAAGCUGCAGUCGGGGAGCUGCAGUCCACGGAUCAGGACUCCAUGUAUAAGGUCUUCAUUGUGCAUAUUAAUUAUGCAGAACAGUGUCCAAGCAAAGGUGUCCAAAACCUAACAUCUGUAUCAGAAUUCCUCCUCCUGGGCCUCUCAGAGGACCCAGAACUGCAGCCCAUCCUCUUUGGACUGUUCCUGUCCAUGUACCUGGUCACAGUGCUUGGGAACCUGCUCAUCAUCUUGGCUGUCAGCUCUGACUCCCACCUCCACACCCCCAUGUACUUCUUCCUCUCCAACCUGUCCUUGACUGACAUUGGUUUCAUCUCCACCGUGGUCCCAAAGAUGCUAACGAACAUCCAAACCCACAGCAGAAUCAUCUCCUAUGUGGGCUGCCUGUCACAGAUGUCUAUUUUUAUGCUUUUUGGUUGUAUGGAUGACAUGCUUCUGACUGUGAUGGUCUAUGACCGGUAUGUGGCAAUCUGUCACCCUCUGCACUACCCAGUUAUCAUGAACCCCCGCCUCUGUGCCACCUUGAUUUUGAUGUCACUGUUAAUUAGUCUUUUGGACUCCCAGAUACAUAAUUUAAUUGCAUUACAGUUUACCUAUUUCAAGGACAUGGGAAUUUCCAGUUACUUCUGUCACCCUUCUCGAGUUCUUAAUCUGGUCUGUUUUGAUUACUUUAAUAGGAACAUAGUCAUUUAUUUUAUUAGUGCUGUAUUUGGUUUCCUUCCUGUCUCAGGAAUCCUUUUCUCUUACUUUCAGAUAUUUUCAUCAAUUCUGAAAAUUCCAUCCUCAGGUGGGAAGCACAAAGCCUUCUCCACCUGUGGGUCUCACCUGUCAGUGGUUUGUCUAUUUUAUGGAGCAGCUCUUGUAGAGUACCUUGGUUCAGUUGUGUCACAUUCUCCGAAAAACAGUGUGGUGGCCUCAGUGAUGUACACUGUGGUCAGCCCCAUGCUGAACCCCUUCAUCUACAGCCUGAGGAACAGGGAUAUUAAAAGUGCCCUGCGGAGGCUGCACAGCAGAGCAGUCUUAACUCAGGAGCCGUGGCAUCAACGUAGAACACAAGGUGGGAAAUAA